AUGGACGGGGAGACGGUUGGUAACUGGAUCCUUGAGGUAGGGACCCGCUUAUUCGAAGAGGGAUCCCUUCCGGGCCUACCAUCUUGGGAACAAGAGGAGUCUCCUGAGUGGCGUGUCUCGCUGAAAGCGUGGGAAGAUGCCCUGGAUGUGGCCAUGGGCCCACGCUUUGCCGAGUUGGUGGAAAGGUCUUUCAAGCAGGCAGAGGCCGGCUUCUACCAGCUGGGCAGGUUGGCUCCGCGCCUGGCAGGGCUUCGAUGGCUCAGCUGCAUGGCUUGGAUCCAGUGCAGAACUAGGGCCGUGAUGGAGGCCUCCUCUGGCGGUGGCAACUGCAGCAUACCCACAGUGGCAGCCUCCACCGCAGCAUGUGAUGAGGCAAAGCGCUUCAUCUUCAAAGCUUUAGACACUGUCGUGUCGGAGCCGAAGGUUCGAGUCCUUUUUGACUUCGAUCUGGUUGGAGAGGGUGUGUGGCACGGUGGUGGCAAGGAGGCCCUGCCGGAAGAGAGCACGGAUGAAUGGCACCGGCGAGCUUGUGAGUUUGACCUUUGCCGGAUCGCCCACCAGGUCGAGAAGGCUCCCCCGGCAGAUGUGAACGCUUCCAUUCCACGCUUGCUCCUGAUGCAGCCUUAUGGUACUCCUCACAAGCGUCUCCGACUUCCGGAGGUUCCCCGCAUGAUCUUGCAGCGGCACGAGUGGUACACACAGAUUGAGAAGAUGACGCUGCUGAAUCUUCACUCCAAGUCACCUAUUGUCGGGCCCAUUCUCCACAUCGAGGUUCCUCCUCCGCCGGAUUUUGACCUCGAUGACCCAGAGAUCCGGAGCAAAGUCGAGCGCGGCGAGGACCUUGGCAAGGCGCACCAGGAGGAUGGAUUGCCUGGGGCUCUUCAUGGCAGCAUGGGGCUGCUCUAUGCAGCUAUGGCAUUCGAGGAGGACAUAGUAAAUGUUCGCUUCCAUCCCGGUGGUAUUUUGCUGGAGGGCAUGAUGGAGAUGUUCCUCCACUAUGGCCCGAAGCUUCGCGCGAUCAGUUUGGAGGGGAACGCCGGCUUUGUGACAGAGGACUCGCUGUCGCUCUUGACUUUGGCUGGCGACACGGUGAAGACCUUGGACCUGGAGGACUGCGAUCUCAACUCGGGGCACUUGGAGGCUGUCCUCCACACCGUGAAGAACUUGAGAGCCUUGCAGAUCCUGGACCUCGCAGGCAACAAGUUUGACGGCCCCACAGCUCUCAACAUGGUGGGAGCCCUUUGUGAAAGCAGGAUCGACCUUGACAUUUUACGAUUGGAUGGAAAUCCCUUGGGCACACCGGAGGUUUUCAAGAACGAGGUUGCCACGCUGUUGGCCAACCGGGGUGAGUCUGUCAUAGCUGGUGGCGACCUUGUGCUGCACCUGGGUCCGAACCUUGGUUACCUUAAGGCAGCUAAGAGCGGAAUGGCCACAUCAUGCGACAGAGGCGACGAUGCGGUGCGUUGGUGCCCUGCUCCCCGAGAGGGAUCUCUGGCGCGAAGACUGCGUGAGGACUGUGGAAGUGCAUUGUUGCACCGAGUCGCAGCCUCUCGCUUCUAUUGGCCUGCGAGGAGGGUGGAGACGCCCAGUCUGCAGACAGAAGCCCAAGCCCAAGUCCAGAUCUGCGAGUCUCAGGAGAUGGAUCGCUUGGUUGCGCAAACAGAGGCGCUGGAGGGCCAGGGCACAGAAAGCUCAGUCGGUGAGUCCUGGAAGGCGCAGAUCUUGAAAUUCCAGCAGAACGAUCCAGCUGCAAAGUCUUCCGGUGGCCGCGACUGGCUGCGCCGACGGCGGCAGCAGAAUGCCAAGGUGACCGAGCCCGUCAAAGUGAUGCCCAUUGCCGGAGUACAGUCCAUGGAAGAGGAGGAUCUCGAGGGCCCGCCGGGAGCGGAGCAGCUGAAGGCACGCAGUCUCGGGCUGGGAGAUGAGACUCCCUCUUUGAAGCGUACACGCUGCAGCCCUGUUAUGGACCAGAUCAUUUCACCCUCAAUGUCCGUUGAGAAGGUGGUUGGAGUCGCCCUUGCCAAUGCCGCAGCUAACCAGCAAGGGCAGCUCCGCAGUACAGCAUCGAUGGUGCCGGCUCCAGCUGCUGCUCCCACACCGUCGAGGGCAUCGUGCAGCGACGUGGUCGGCGGGGUGUCUGUGUGCAAGACCAGCUUGUCAAAAAGAGAGCUCGGGCCUGGACGUCCAGCUCUGCCAAGCUCGAAACUUCGUGACAGCCCUGACAGCACUGUGGCCCAAGGCCACAGCCAGUCUAAGCUCGCAUCGAAAAAGCGCAGCAUUACUGAAGAUGCCCCGCAAGGGAAAGUAGCUGCGACCGCCCUGGGUGUGCGAAGUGUAAGUCCAAGUCCGUUCAGGGUACGGCCUGCAGGCUACGAUUGCAAAAGGCGUGCUGUUGCAUCAGCAGUCUGGGCUGCCAAGCUUGGAGCGGAGAAUGCGAUCCGCCUUGUCAGUGCCAGAUUGCCACAGAGCGCGGCAGUAAAUCAGCAAAGCAGCUGA